AAAAAUAACAUAUCCUUGUAAAGGAUGUUCAAAAGAAUUUUGUUUAGUUCAUUUACCAGAACAUCAACAAAUGUUAAACGAUGAAAUAAAUCAUAUUACUAAUGAAUAUAAUGAAUUUAAACAAAUAUUUAAUGAACAAAAACAGAAUCCACAAAAUCCACAAAAUGAUUUAUUGAUAAAACAAAUUGAGCAAUGGGAAAGAAAUUCUAUUGAAAAAAUUCAACAAAAAGCAAAAACUUGUAGAGAAAUUGUUAUUGAAUAUUUACCAACAUUGUUUAAUGAUAUUGAGAUAAAAUUUAAUGAUUUAUCUGAACAAAUAAAACAAAUUCAUCAAGAAAAUGAGUUUAAUGAAAUUAAUUUAAAUUAUUUAAGAAACCAAUUAAUAGAAAUGACACAAGAAUUAAAUAAUCCAUCAAGUAUUUCUAUUAAAGAAGAAUUACAAUCAUUUAUUAAUGAUAUUUCAAUUAUUUUAACGAAAAAAUCAAAAUUUAAUAAAUGGAAACAAAAUGCCAUCACUGUGGCAGGUGGAAAUGAGUGCGGACCAAAAUCAAAUCAACUCCAUUUUCCUGUAGCAAUCUUUAUUGAUGAAAAUAAAAAUAUUUUCAUUGCUGAUUGUUCAAAUCAUCGUAUUGUUGAAUGGAAAUACAAUACAAAAGAAGGACAAAUCAUUGCAGGUGGAAAUGGACAAGGAAAUCGACUGAAUCAAUUAAAUCGACCAACAGAUGUGAUUGUUGAUCAACAAAAUCAUUCAAUAAUCAUUGCUGAUUCUUUGAACAGACGAGUAAUUCAGUGGAUGAAUCAAAAUCAACAAAUUCUCAUUCGCAAUAUUGACUGUUGGAGCUUGGCAAUGGAUAAACACGGAUUUCUUUAUGUUUCCGAUUAUAAGAAAAAUGAAGUGAUACGAUGGAAAAUGGGAGAAUAUAACAAAAAAGGAAUUGUAGUGGCUGGUGGAAAUGAAUAUGGAAAUCAACUCAAUCAAUUCUGUUCUCUACGUUCUAUCUUUGUUGAUGAAGAUCAGUCUGUUUAUAUAUCAGAUUGGGGCAAUCAUCGUGUGAUGAAAUGGAGAAAAGAUGCAAAAGAAGGAAUUAUUGUAGCUGGAGGAAAUGGUGAAGGAAGAAAUCUCAAUCAAUUGUCUUAUCCUGAAGGAGUAAUUGUUGAUGAGUUGGGUCAAAUAUAUGUAGCAGAUUGUGAGAAUCAUCGAGUAAUGCGUUGGUGUGAAGGAAAAGAAGAAGGUGAAAUUGUCGUUGGUGGAGAAGAAAAAGGAAAUCAAUCAGAUCAACUGAAUAAUUCUUGUGGUUUAUCUUUUGAUGAUGAAGGAAAUCUUUAUGUUGUUGAUUGUUAUAAUCAUCGAAUUCAAAAAUUUGAAAUAAUUUUGUAA